AUGAAGGUGGAAGUCCACUCCGCAGUUGUCGAUUGGGAUGGCCCCAACGACCCAGCCAGACCAAUCAAUUGGCCGAGAAAGAAGAAGUGGCUGAACAUCUUCAGUGUCUCGUUCUUGACUUUCUUGACUCCCUUGGCUUCCUCCAUCCUGGCGCCCGCCACGGGCUUGGUCCUCAAGGAGUUUCACUCCACCAACAGGACUCUUGGCUCCUUCUCAGUCUCCAUCUACCUGAUCGGCUUCGGCCUUGGCCCCCUUAUUCUUGCCCCGUUGUCGGAGAUGUAUGGUCGCCUGCGCGUUUACCAAAUCACCACGGCCGUCUUCGUUGUGUGGAACAUCGCCUGUGCUCUAGCCCCCAAUCUUGGUGCUCUCCUGGCCUUCCGGAUGCUCGCUGGUCUGUCCGGUAGCGCUCCUAUGACGUUGGGCGCGGGCACGAUCGGUGAUCUCUUUGUUCCCCAAGAAAGAGGAUUGGUCAUGGCCAUCUGGGGGGUAGGUCCGCUCAUGGGUCCGGUGCUAGGACCGAUCGCUUGUGGUUACCUCUCCGAAGCUGCAGGAUGGCGCUGGGUCCUUUGGCUGGUUGCCAUCGUGUCAGGUGUCGCGUUGGUCUUUACCCUCCUCCUCCAGUCGGAGACCUACGAGCCUGUGCUACUCCAGCGUCAAGUCAACCGAUUGAAACAGGAAACUGGCAAUCCCAACCUCUACUCCGACAAGACUCUGAGAGUCAAUGCGAAGAACAGCAUCGUUCAAUCCAUCGUCCGACCGCUGAAAAUGCUCUUCUUGUCCCCAAUAGUAGCGCUAUUCUCAAUCUAUAUUGGAAUCGUUUUCGGUUACCUCUACCUGCUUUUCACGACAAUCACCCACAUUUACGAAACCACAUAUCACUUCACCCAGGGUAACACCGGGUUGGUCUAUAUCGGGGUCGGGGUGGGUGCUGCCAUUGGGAUGGCGAUUUUCGGCGCAUUGUCCGACAAGACCCAGAUUCGACUCACGGCGAAGAACAACGGUCAAUCAGAGCCUGAGUUCCGACUGCCUCUGCUGAUCCCGGGUAGCACCUUGGUGCCUAUCGGUCUGUUCUGGUACGGCUGGUCGGUCGACAGGCAUGUGCACUGGAUCAUGCCCAUCAUCGGGCUGGGCUGGAUCGGGUUGGGUAUGAUCGGAACGUUUUUGCCCAUCCAGUCAUACAUGGUUGAUGCGUUUGGCCCCUACGCAGCGUCUGCCGUGGCUGCAAACACCCUGGUCCGAUCAUUCGUCGGAGCGUUCCUGCCACUUGCAGGUCCCUCCAUGUAUGCGACGUUGGGGCUGGGAUGGGGCAACUCGUUGCUCGGGUUCAUUGCCUUGCUCAUGUUACCGGUGCCGGUCAUUUUCUAUUACUACGGCAAGAAGAUUCGAACGAAGUUCGAGGUUACCUUCUAG